AUGCCGCCGCGCUACGCCGCCAUGCCGCGCCGCGCUCCCCCCUCCCAGGGCGCAGGCGCCGCGCGGUGCACGCCGGGAGCGGUAGUUCCGCCGCGCCGGACUACAACUCCCAUGGUACAGCGCGGCCGCGCCCUGCGCGCCGCCUGGCGGCCGCGCCGGCCCCGACGGGACGGGACGGGAGCUGAUCGGGCGAGCACGGCGGGGAGCACGGCGCUGCCCCGCGCCCCUCCCGAGCCCCGCACGCCUUGGGCCAGACCGCAGACGGACACCACCCCCGGGCCCGGGGACCACGGCAGCCCCGCGCCCCCACAAGCCUCUCCCCCCCCUACCCUGCCCGAGGGGCCCGGCCCGGUCCGGUCCGGUCCGGUCCGUGCCCCUGACCGCCCGCCCGACGCGGGAGCCGGUGGGGACCGGAGCGUGCGGCGCGGCGGCCCCGCCGCCCUCGCCGCCUGCCUCGCCGGGGCGCUCGCCGUGCUGGCGGGGCUGGGUCCGGGGCCGGGACCGGGACCGGGGCCGGGGCCGGGACCGGGACCGGGACCGGGACCGGGGGCGGGCAGCGCCGCCUGGGGCGGCCGGCGGCCCCCCCGCAGCUACGACCACCUGGAAGGCGACGUGCGCUGGCGGCGGCUCUUCUCCGCCACCCGCUUCUUCCUCCGCAUCGACGGCGGCGGCGGCGUGGAGGGGACGCGCUGGAGGGAGCGGCCGGGCAGCAUCGUCGAGAUCCGAUCGGUGCGUGUCGGCGUCGUGGCCAUCCGGGCGGUGCACACCGGCUUCUACCUGGCCAUGAACAAGCAGGGGAGGCUCUACGGGUCGAAGGAGUUCAGCCCCAACUGCAAGUUCACGGAGCGCAUCGAGGAGAACGGCUACAACACCUACGCAUCGCUGCGCUGGCGGCACCGGGGCCGCCCCAUGUUCCUCUCGCUCAAUAGCAAGGGCAGGCCGCAGCGAGGGGGCAAGACGCGCCGGCAGCACCUCUCUACCCACUUCCUCCCCAUGCUCGUCAGCUGAGCUCCGCGGGCGGCUCUGGACCGUCCUGUAGGAAAAAAUGGAGAAGAGGGUUAUUUUAUUUAUGUACAUAUCUAUUUUUUUUGCUAUUUAUUGUUUUAUUUUUAAAUGUAUGGCGCAGGAUGGAUGUGGAAGGCAGAUGCUCCAGACACAGCCUGCAGCCGUGCAGGGAUGCGGCUCUCCCCACCGUCCUGCCGAGGCAGAGCCGGCCCGGUGCAGCCUGGGGAGCACGGCCACCACGUGCUGCCGACGUCGCGCCCCUGCCUGCGCAGCUCGGACCAGGUGGCCAUCGGUCUGCUAAUGGCAUCUCUGCAGGGGCUAGGGCU